AUGACUCUUCAGGAGCUGGUGAAUCAGGCAGCUGGCCUGCACUCUGCUAGAAAAGCAGUUUGGUUUGAUGAAUGUAAUGGCAAACCUCCAGCUUUCUACACAUAUGGAACAGUGGUUAAGUUUGCUAUGGAAUUGACAACUUUCCUUCAAAAGCACUGUGAUCAGCAAGGACGAUGUGAAAUAGGCCUUUACUGCUCUCCAGGGAUAAACUUACCAUCUUGGAUCUUGGGAAUCCUUCAAGUUCCAGCUGCCUAUUCUCCUGUUGAUCCAGAUGCACCACCAAUGUUAUCCACCCAGUUCAUGAGGAAAAGCAAUCUUCAGUAUGUUCUUGUUGAGAAUGACAAAGUAAAUAAAUUCCAGAUGUCCCAUGCUGGGUUUUUUUGCCACAGUUCUUCCAUGAUAGAACAUAUUGGUUUAACUCUCUUCCAAAGAAGCUCCAGCAACACUGAUUCAAAUCCACAAGUAGAUGAUGUGAGAAGUAAAUAUGAACCUUUCGAAGCUGUGGGUGACUUGCAGCCAAACAAUAUCACUUACCCAGAUCAAACUCAAGUGAGCACAUCAGAAAGGGCAUAUGUGGAUGUUGGCCAGAAAUGCUCCCUAGCAUACAUCUUGCAUACAUCAGGAACUACAGGGAUCCCCAAAAUAGUCAGAGUGCCUCAUAAGUGUAUAGUGCCAAAUAUUCAGCAUCUUCAGUCCCUCUUUGAAGUCACAGAAGAUGAUGUGCUGUUCCUGGCUUCUCCUCUAACAUUUGACCCAUCUGUGGUUGAGUUGUUUGUUGCCCUGACAAGUGGAGCCUCCAUUCUCAUAGUACCAAACACCAUUAAGAUGAGGCCUGUGGAACUCUCUGCUGCUCUGUUUCACCACCACCAUGUGACAGUGUUGCAGGCAACACCAACACUUCUCAGGAGGUUUGGAGCUCACAUUAUUAAGUCAACAGUGUUGUCUGCAAAUACUUCCCUUCGUAUCUUAGCCCUUGGAGGUGAAGCGUUUCCUACACUAAAUCUCUUGAGAAGUUGGAAGCACAAGGAGAACAGAACAAGUGUUUUUAAUCUGUAUGGUAUUACUGAAGUGUCAAGCUGGGCCACUUGCUACAAGAUCCCUGAAGAGGUUUUUAGUGCUAAUUUUAGAACUGAUUUCCCUAUACCUUUGGGAUCACCACUCCUUGGAACCAAAGUUGAGGUCCGAGAUGCCAGCGGUUCUGCGGUUCUGGAAGGCGAGGGUCAAGUGUUCAUAGGUGGUGAAGAGCGAAUCUGCUUUCUUGAUGAUGAGACAACUUUACCUGUGGGUACAAUGAGAGAAACAGGGGAUUUUGUGAGGGUGCAGAGUGGGGAAUUGCUCUUCUUGGGUCGGAAAGACAACCAGAUUAAACGUCACGGCAAGCGCUUCAGCAUUGAAUCCCUGCAGCAGGCUGCUGAAGAACUUCACCAAGUAGAAGCUUGUGCAGUGACCUGGUAUCAGCAGGAAAAACUUAUCCUGUUUGUCGUACCCAGAGGUGAUUUAAAAGAGAGAGAAACACUUCAAGAACUCCAGAAACGUGUCCCAGCUUAUUCAGUCCCUGAUCAGCUUGUACUGAUUAAAGCUUUGCCUUUAACCUUACAUGGCAAAGUUGAUGUCUCUGAGCUGAACAAGACUUACCAGAAGCAUCUGAGCUGCAGGAGGCGUGACAGUAAGCUGAGCGGCAGAGAGGACUUGUGGGCAAGAUUGCAGUAUUUAUGGAAGGGUGUCCUGGGAGACUCCCCAGGGAUCUCGAAAGAUGCAGUGUUCCUGGACAGUGGUGGAGACUCCUUGAAGGCUCUGAGGCUUCAUGAGGAACUUGAGCUGCUGGCAGGGAAAACUCUGCCUGGACUCCUUGAAGCUAUUCUCAGCUGCUCCAUUGAAGGGGUUUAUAGACAUAUCCUUAAAAUCCUGUUUCCAGAUGAAGAGCAAUUAAUGAAUUGCGACACUGCUGUGAAAAGAAAACAAAGUGGGAAAAGUGGAGAGGAGCUGCAUGGCAAACACAUCAAGCUGAAACCUGAGAGAGGCCUCGAGGCUGCUGCAGGGUUUACUUCAUUGCUUGCCCUAAGCAGAGGAAAUCAUUUUCUUUCCAUGAAUUUCACCAAGUCUCUUAUGCAGCCCAGGAAUACAACACAGGUAGGAGUGGAGCUGCCACAGCAACCAUCCUCUCUGCAUGUAGUGACUCCAGGUAUCUUGCAAAGCCACACACAAGGGUGUGAAACAGAGGACAGAGCUUUAACAGCUGCAAAGCAGGCAAACAAACCUGACUCUUGCUCUGCAGAGCAAAGCCAUGCAGCAGCAGCAGGAGUGGAGUUGUGCAUCAGGUGGAAGUCCAACACAGGAAAAUGUGUUGAUGCAUCACCACUGGUUAUAAUCCCAUCUGCAGAGGCAGCAUCUGCAUCUGUGUAUGUGGGCUCUCACUCCCACACAAUGCAGGCCAUUGAUCUGGAGUCAGGAGAAAUAAGGUGGGAGAAGACCCUUGGAGAUCGGAUUGAAUCUUCUGCCUGCGUGUCCAAGUGUGGCAAUUUCAUUGUGGUUGGUUGUUAUGAUGGCUUAGUGUAUGUGCUUCAGAGCAGUGAUGGAGAAGUACACUGGACCUUUGUCACAGAAGAUACUGUGAAAAGCUCUGCAGUGGUAGACCCUUGCAGUGGAGUAGCCUACAUAGGCUCACAUGACCAACAUGUGUAUGCCUUGGAUAUUUAUCAGAAGGCAUGUGUGUGGAAGGUGCAUUGCAACGGUGGAGCUGUGUUUUCAUCUCCUUGCCUAAGUUCUUUCCCACAUCGCCUUUAUGUUGCCACACUGGGAGGACUGCUCCUGGCUGUUAACCCGGUGACUGGGAAUACCAUCUGGAAAAGCUUCCUGGGAAAACCCCUCUUCUCCUCUCCUCACUGCAAUGAGCAGUGUGUUUGUGUUGGGUGUGUGGAUGGAAACUUGUAUUGUUACACUCAUGCUGGAGAAAAGGCCUGGCAGUUUGCCACUAAUGGACCUGUGUUCUCCUCUCCAUGCAUCUCAAGUUUAACUAAGCAAGCGGUAUUUGUUGGCUCCCAUGACCACUUCAUCUACUGCUGUAGCAUGGAGGGUAAUCUGCUGUGGAAAUUCGAGGCUACUUCAAGUGUGUAUGGAGCACCAUUUGUUUUCCAAAGUGAUGGCUUCAAGAACAGAAUUCUUUUGGCAGCAGUAUCUACAGACGGCAGAGUGUGGAUCCUGAAUGCCAAGAGUGGGACAGCAGAAGGAACAGAUAAGCUUCCAGGAGAGGUUUUCUCUUCCCCUGUAGUAUGGGGAACAAAGCUUGUUGUUGGCUGUAGAAAUGAUUAUGUUUAUUGCCUGGAUUUGUGCAUAGCAGGAGAAAAGAACGGCUCAGAGGUUGGGCUGCUUCCUUUUGAUGGGCUGCAUUGGUAA